AUGUCUGUUGUGUGUGAGAUGCUUAUGCAUGCAAGCCGUCUGGUUCCUCUCAGCCAAGAGCAUCUUAUCAUCAAACUGAGCCAACUGAUUCAUCAACUUCUAAACCAGCUACAGACACUACAGUCCCCCAAACCACCUGAUGUGGAGGACAUUGUCUUCUGUACAUUAUUGCAGAGUGCUCUGAAGGGAACGCAGUAUUUUCUCAAUGGUGGAAAAUGGAAAGCCGUUCCGAACCAGGAUCUGGGCACCUUAUUGGCUGUGCUCAAAAGAUUCAUGUUCUACGGGCUGCCGGGAAUAAGUGUGGAAAUGCCACAGGUGUUGUACCCAGCUCCUCUCCCUCAGUAUGAGACUAUUCCCGCUGCAAAACCUGAACCUUCACAAGACUCCGCUGCACAGAAAAAAACGGCUGGGUCCCAACAGAACAAGAAGCGCAAGUCUCGUGGGAAAGGGAAGAAAGCUGGAGCUGAGGGAAAGAAUGAUGGAGAGGAGGGAGAGGGUGACCACAUCUCGGGGCAUCAUAAAACUGGGGGAGCUGGAGUGGUUCAGAGUACUUGGUGUCUUGGCUCGCAGUCCGCUAGUGUGACGUCCCCGUCAGGAGUGACUCCGCAACUCUACACUUCCUGGAAGAAAGGGAGCUCUGACUCUGAAUUCUCUGACCCUGAGGGAGGAAUGCAAUCUAAACUUAGGCUGUAUCAAGCACGUGUGCGGCAGAGUGCGCUUCAGUGCUUCCUGGCUGUGGUCAAGUGUGUUGAGAAACGAAUCCUCUAUGGCUACUGGUCUUCCUUUGUUCCAGAUGCUCCUGGGAUUGGAGGCCCUCCUCCUCUUACCCUCCUGACCAUUGCUCUAAAGGACCCCUCCCCAAAGGUACGGGCAGGCUCUCUGCAGGUUAUGUCUGCUCUUCUAGAAGGUUCUCGCCAGUUCCUUUCCACCGCUGAAGACACCAGUGCACCCCGCCAGGCCUUCACUCCCUUUUCGGCCACAUUAGCUGCCAGUGUCAGAGAGCUGCACCGCUGCUUGCUGCUAGCACUCGUAGCGGAGUCGUCCUGUCAAACCCUCACGCAGGUCUUAAAGUGCCUUGCCCACCUGGUGUCCAACGUGCCCUAUAAUCGUCUCAGACCGGGCCUGUUGAGCCCACUGUGGAAACAGAUCCGUCCAUAUGUGCGCCACAGAGAUGUGAACGUCCGUGUGUCCAGUCUCACCCUCUUCGGUGCAUUAGUCUCAACACAAGCCCCCCUCCCAGAGAUCCAGCUCCUUCUCCAGCAGCCCGGAUCCACAUCCGCCCUCAGCACCCCCGGCAUCAGCACUCCGCAGGAGCUCUCUCACAACUGGAGACUUCUCACUCUGAGAGACGGAGAGAUCUCGUCUCCUGGAGGAGGAGUUGAAGGGGGUCAGGAGGGGCCGUGCUUGCUGUUGCAGCUGUGCGUGAGCCUGGUCACUCAGCCUCGUGAGGAACCGUACUCUGAUAGUGACGCAGGCGGGUCUAGUGGAGCAUCGCUGAAACCUUCACCCGUACGACUUGAAGCCCUGCAGGUUUUGGCUCAUCUGGUGAAGGGUUACUUCUCACUGGCUCAGACUUCUCUUUUUUCAUCUUCCGGUUUUUUUGUGGUUGUUCUGUUUUACAAUUUCUGUGUAUUUUACAAGCUUCUGGAAGAACUGGGAACAGGCAUUAUCCAGCAGUACAGAUCUGAUGCCAACACCACUCCACAAAGUGCCAAAUGUGUGCCAGUGUGUCAGGUGGUUGAGUUCUGGUCAGACGUCUUGGGUGCUCCACUGAUCAGUGCCUUACAGAACGAGCAGCAUCCCACCCUACAGACCAGCGCAUGUGACACCCUCUCCUCCAUCCUACCACAAGCUUUCAGCCAGCUGCCCGUGAGAUAACAAGUGCUGUGUAUCACAAUACUGCUGGGACUGACGUACAGCGAAAACUCACUGGUAAAGGCGGCAGCAGUGAGAGCUCUAGGCGUAUACAUCCUCUUUCCCUGCCUGAGAGAGGAUGUGAUGUUUGUGGCAGACACGGCUAAUGCCAUCCUCACUGCUCUGGAUGACCGCUCACCCAACGUUCGUGCAAAGGCAGCCUGGUCGCUUGGCAACCUCACGGACACGCUCAUUGUCAACAUGCAGUCAGUGGGGUUGGAGUUUCAGGAGGAGUUCUCUGAUAUGCUGCUUCUGAACAUGCUGAGAUCUGCCACUAAAGCUUCAGGAGAUAAAGACAGGGUAAAGAGCAAUGCUGUCCGUGCGCUUGGGAAUCUGCUUCACUUCCUGCAGCCGGUGCACCUGGGAAAGCCUGUGUUUGAGCAGCCCCUGCAGGAGGCCAUGAGGGCACUGAUAGAUACAGUUAGAGGAGAUGCAACCAUGAAAGUGCGCUGGAACGCCUGCUAUGCACUGGGCAAUGCCUUCAGAAAUCACAGCCUGCCUCUGGGUUCUGCCGUCUGGUCCAAGGAAGCCUACUCUGCCCUGUCCUACGUCGUCACAUCCUGCAAGAACUUCAAAGUACGCAUCAAAUCUGCUGCUGCACUUUCUGUUCCAUCAAUGCGAGAUCGCUAUGGUGACGCUCAACAAUUCGCCGAAGUGUGGCGAGCUUUGGCUCAGGCCCUUGAACACAGCGAAGAAAUGGAGGACUUCCUUGAAUAUCGUUACUGUGCUAGCUUACGCUCACAGCUCUGCCAUGCUCUCCUGCACCUUCUGUCCUUAUGCCAGCCUGAUGACCUUCCAGCGCUGAGGUCAUCACUGAGUGACCAAUCCAGGCCAGUACUACAGGGCUUCCUGGUUAGCUACCUUAGCAAUAAGGGUGUGACUUUGGCUGCUGGGGUUGAUGGUGCUGCAGGGGAGGAGGCUGGGGAUCAUGCGGUGCCUGAAGAUGGUUUGAUGGCGCUCAACGAGACGCUGACCAGGCUGAAGGGACAGCUGGAAGAGGCCGUGUUGGACAGCAGUGAGGAUCUGAAGACUGUGGUGAAUUUCCUCGAAGAUGUAGUGAGGAACUAUGAGGAGAUGAAAGAAUCGGACAGCAAAGAUUUCUCCCUUCCGCUCAGCAAAUUACCACAGUGAAAGUGAAAAUACAGACGUGUUCAUCUGUUGAUGAAGCCAUAUGGCAUGACUGUCUGAGGUCGAAACUGCCUUUUAGAUUUUAUUAAAAAUGUGUAUAUUAAAAUAUAUUUCAAAGUAUCAAAGAAAUUCCUGUUGAGUCUCGGAUUACACCUUUAAAGGAAUAGUUUACCCCAAAAAUGUAAAUUUACUCCCCUUCAGGCCAUUCAAGAUGU